UUGACGUCACACGCAUCUCGCCAGGUACAGAAGUCCAUCGUGCAAAAUGAAAACAACUGUUGCAUAAACUUCAUUCAUUACGCGGAAGCUGGUCCCAUAUGCAAACGGAUUCACAUUUUGGAAGGAUCAUGGCAGAGAAACCUCAGCUGGUCAAUAAUUCACCAGAGGACGUUGAGACUGAUGAGUGCAUGAGCACAUACACACAUGUCUACAGCCCUGAUCUUCUCAUUGAUCAGGUGGCCUUUAUAACCGGUGGAGGAUCAGGUAUUGGCUUUCGAAUAGCAGAAGUUCUGAUGAGGCAUGGUUGUGACACGGUCAUUGCCAGCAGAAAUCUGGAGAAACUCGCUGAGGCUGCAAAAAAGUUAACCAGCACUACAGGCAGACGGUGUUUGGCGAUUGCCAUGGACGUGCGUCAACCAGAGACGAUUUCUGCUGCGAUGGAUGAAGCCUUGAAGACAUUUGGACGUGUUGACAUACUUAUUAACAAUGCUGCAGGUAAUUUCUUGUGUCCAGCUACAUCAUUGUCAUUUAACGCUUUCAAGACCGUAAUGGAGAUUGACACCAUGGGAACUUUCAACACCAGUAAAGUCAUCUAUGACAAAUGGUUCAAGGAUCAUGGCGGCUCCAUUGUUAACAUUUCUGCCACACUGGGAUACAGAGGUCAGGCUCUCCAGGUGCAUGCUGGGUCAGCGAAGGCGGCAAAUGAUGCCAUGACAAGGCAUUUGGCGGUUGAGUGGGGCCCCGGUGGUGUGAGGGUGAAUACAGUGGCUCCAGGCCCCAUCUCUGGCACAGAGGGUUACCGUAGACUGGGUGGUUCACAUUCCGAGUCAGCGGGGGUUUUCCGCAGCAUCCCGCUGCAAAGAGCCGGCAAUAAGACGGAGAUCGCACAUGCAGUUCUUUUCCUGGCCAGUCGCGCGGCUUCAUACGUCACCGGCGCUAUACUGGUCGCAGACGGAGGGGCGUGGCUUACCUCAGCCAAUGACGUGGAACGGCUGCUGGGUAUUGUCUCAUCUCGCUCUGCAAAACUAUGAACAGACCGCACCGAACGCAGGUUUUUGGUCUGCAGAGAAAAGAAAGCAUAAAUAGCAUGAAUCUAGAAGAUGAAAUCAACAGCAAUGGACCAGUUGUCGUGCCAACAUCUGUAUGAUAAUUGUUGAAUAUUACAAAAACGUCCAUAUUAUUUUUCACCCCAAAAUUAAAGAAAACAAAUAAGAAAUUAUAUUCUGUGUUAAGAAAAUUAAGCCUAAUUUUAGGACUUUUAGAAUGAAACAUUCCACCCAAAUUCUAAUUUUCAUAAUGCUGUUGCUUAGUUGUAAAUUCUCAUUCUUUUCAUUGGAUUUCCAGCAUAAAUUAACAUCAGUACAAAGAACAAGUUCCAAUUUUAAUCAUAUACAUGUUUUCCUACUUUAUGAUAAUGAGUUUCUUUUGUCUCAUUACAGGAAUGACUGCAUUUUUAUGCAAAUAUAUUUUCUAAUUUUCUUCCUUUAAUUUUGAGGUGAAAUAUGACAAACAUGUUUUUGAAUUUUAUGAGUCACCUGGUAAGAUAUUUAUAGACACACUUAAACUGUGUCUUCUCAUUACAUGAGUGUUAUUGACAUUUCAAGCAUGUUUAACCACAACAUGUAUUAGUAAUUAUAAUGUAUUUACUUCUGGUAACAAAUGACCACUUUAGCACUACAUUAAUAGCGUUUUUGAAUUUUCAGUUAAAGUACAUGUAUACAAUUUUAAACAAAAAAUGAUUGUGUUCUUAUAUACGUAACAGUUCUCAUAAUAAAUCUUUUAUCAUUCUUGU